UAAACAGAAAACAUUCCGCUCGUACGAUCGUUAGAAUUUAGAAAAUAGUGGAGCCUGGAGGAUUUAGCGUGUCGUGUUUACUGAGUUGUUUGGAAGCUGAAUGGAUUUGGCCAUUCAAGGCAAAUCAACACCGAGACCAAAGCCCCAACAAGGAGGCAUGCCAGGCAAGUCUGCCACUGGCCUGAACCCCACCAGAACCUUUCCAGAAUAUAGCACCCCGGACGCACCCAGAGCAGGGCCAAAACCGGCCGCCUUGUGCAGCCUUUCUACUAACAAUUCUAACAAUAAGGGAUGUGUGAUUACUCAGUCCAAGCUUGACAAGAUUCAGCAAGUUGUUACCCCAAGACCACGUUCCAGGAUGCAGUACCCCAAACCUAAAGGAAUUCCUUCACUGGACCUUGGACAACUCCAAGACAAAGACAACUCGUUACAGAACCCAGUCAAAAGCUAUGAAGAGAAACUUGACCCACCAGACACAGCCAGCACCGUCAGUUGGGGAUAUCACGAGUACAGCCCUGCUGCCAGAUCUCCAGCCAUGAAUGCCCCCUUUGCUCUUCACCACACCCCUACAGUGGGCCCACCCAGCAACCGCACCCAGCGACCAGGCAGUGUGCCACGCCUUGAUCUGGAACGGAGGCAGAAGUCUGCUUGGACUGAACCAGCUGUGCCAGAGAAUCUACCCCCUCCCUCUGAGUGCCAGAAGCAGCAAUUCAAGCAGAUAGAGCAGGACAGGAAAGACGAGUUGAAGCAGUGGUCCCAGAGGGGUGGCCAACCAAAAAAGCACCUAAAGGCUCCAUAUAGAACGGACAAUGACUCUGAUGAUGAUGCUGAUGUGAACAGCAGUCGGGACCAGCACGACAAACGAGUUGAUGCAGAAGCUUUGGCAGCGGAAAGAAGGAGGCAGGAGAUUGAGCAGACUGUUUUAGUUGAUCAGCUUUCGAGGAGUGUCAUUUGCGACCCAGAACAAAAUCAGCGAAGUGAAACACCACUUUCUGGAACUGCCACACCUUUGGGCCAACCAAGACCCAAAACAAGAACUCUGCAUGAAUCCAAAGUUCGGACAACGGGAACGGUCACCGAGAACCUCCUGGACAAACGCUUGACCUUCAACGCUCGGAUUGUGACGAGGAGCGGCCACGAUGCCUUACGGGAGCUGUGCGGCUUCUACUUUGACCUGGAUAAGACCAUGACCGUCUACGAGUAUCGCCAAUUUGGUUCCAAAUCAAAAGCCUUACCGUUCAUCCAAAGAGGGAAAUACAGUCAUGUAACUGGCCGAAGAAAAGGCAGGCUGUAUGUCGUGCAGGACAUUUCAGCGGGAGCCACCCUGACCUUUGACUCAGCAAACCAACCUUCAAUCUCCUCUGCCUUGAAGGCCAAACCUGUACUGCUGAUCAGGAUCACGCACGUAGAUGAGACUUCCAAAGAGAAGCUAAUAUUUAAAAAUGGGAGGAUUCCAUAUGACCCAGAGGAGUAUCACACUAAGAUGGAUCCACCAAUUUCCAAGCAGGAUGCUGCCGACAGUAAACUCAUAACCCAAAUACAAGAAUCUGUCAGAAGUCAGAUUCGCAAACGAGCUUGCAAGACGUUAACUGGCCUGGGCCGUCACUUCAGGCAGCUUGACAAAUCAGGAGAUGGCGUCUUGAACAAAGAGGAGCUGCGACAAGCACUAGACACAUACCACAUUAAAGUGGACAAAAAUUUAUUUGAGUCGCUGUGGUUGGUUCUGGACCAGAAUGAGGAUGGUGCGAUAGAUUACGGUGAAUUCCACAGAGCGUUCAUUGGUGAGAUGAACGAAAGGAGGAAAACAUUUGUGAGGAAGGCAUUCCAGAAAAUCGAUGCCAAUAAGUCGGGAACAGUGAGCAUUGAUGAGUUGAAGAAAUUCUUCAAUUUGCAAAAGCAUCCACAUGUAGCACAAGGUCUGGUCACGGCCUCGGAGGUAAUGAACAGUUUUCUGGAGCUCUUUGAUCGGCGUGCAAAGGAGAUCACGUACGGAGAAUUUGAGGAUUACUACGAGGGUGUCAGUGUCUCGAUCAGCAGCGACGAUGAAUUCAUCGGCAUGGUGUCAGCAUGCUGGACAUUGUGAAAAAGGUUGGAAACUGAACAGUAAUAAUGCAAAGCAAGCAGAGUAAAGUGUAAACUUACGGCAAACACCAGUACAUGUACUAUGUCAAUGAGCUGGUUCAUAUGCGUACAUAUCAUGCAUUCAAGGCAGCAUUAUUAGAUUCACGUUGAGUGGAAUUGGACUGCUUUUGGAUUCCCUGGCAGUUUCUCAGCUCUGACGCAUCUCAGACAAUGGCAAAAUAGUGGGGGAGAGAAGAUUUUUUAAGGAAUUGAAAGCAAAUGUAUUCUUUUAUCAGGCAUGUAACUUUUCCUCGGAUCGGCUGAUUUCCUUGUUUUUCACUCCACACUCAUGCCAAUGAAGAUUGAAAAACACUGAACAGUUUUGUAAAGAUUGGACUACCUCAUUUUUUGUCCAAGUCCAGGUUGCAUAUCUGUUUUAUGGGUGAAUAAAAAUAGGACGGUCGUUUUUUGGGGGGAAGAAACCACCUUGCCCCCCCAUGCCUAAAUAGGCCACUGAACUCGAGAAAUCUCUGACGGUCUUUCUCUUUUGUCUCUAUUAAGCAGUGCAUAUUGUUUGCAUCAGU